AUGACAGAAUGCCGGUCACGAGUACAACAGAACGAUCUCCUGUUACAUGAGGCAGUCAUCAAAAAUGAACCUGACGCUGUCCGUGAAGCACUGAAACGGCCUACUGAUGUUAAUUGUAGGAAUAACUACGGCCGGGCUCCCAUCCACUGGGCGGCGAGUAGAGGCAACGUCGAGAUAAUCAAUUUACUCAUACACGCCAAAUGUGAUAUAGAAGCUGUGGAUAAGUUCGGUAUGAGGCCGCUUUUGAUGGCGGCGUGGCACGGACACCUCGCGGCUGUGCAAACCCUCGUGCACGCGGGCGCUUGUCUCGCUGCUACUAACAAGAAAAACAACGACAUUCUACAAUGCGCGUGCGCACGUGGAGCUAAGGACGUUGCAAUUUAUGCUUUAACCCUCGGAGCUAAAGUGCAGGGAUGUGACACGACGGGCGACGCCCCCCUCGCACUCGCAGCCAGAGCUGGGCACACAGCUGUCGUAGAACUACUGUUGGAGAAGGGCGCAUAUAUCGAUGCAGUCAACAAGGUAGGCCGAACCGCACUCCAUUUAGCUUGCGAAGGCGGCCACUGCAGUACCGCUGCUCUCCUAGUAGCUAAAGGCGCGUCGCGGGAGGCGCGAGACAACUCCGGCCGCACCCCUCUACACCAGGCCGCGGUACACAGACACACUGAGCUCGUGCUUAUAUUGUUAGAAACUGGAUGCAACGUGAAUGCCACAGAUAAUAAUGGAGUAACUGCGCUACAAAUGGCCUGCGCUCAAGGGUGUCGCGGCAUCGUAGAACACUUACUCACAUUUGGCGCUGACGUCCAUUUGCAAAAUAAUGUUGGGUCAUCAGCGCUACACGCGGCAUGUGCCGCCGACGCCAAUGACAUUGUAGAGCUGCUAAUAGCACACGGUGCAGAUCCUGCCCUCACUGACCAGUGGUCUCAAUCACCGAUGAGUGUAGCGGGUGGAGCGGCUGAGUCUCCGCCAGAGGGCUUCCGCCGAGCGGCCCGCGGCUCCUUCUCUGCGAUAUUGGAUCUACUGACUGCUACAGCGAACCUCGAUCAACGGCAUGAGCACUCAGACGGGUCGACGACCCCACGCAACGAGGACAAGUCCGGCGGACACUCCCCCGCUGCUAACGAAGGUGAAGGAGACAGUGAAAGG